AUGAGGCCCCAAACAGCAAACACAUUUGCCGCCACUGCGCGAUGGAGCAUACAACCCGCCGCUGCUACACCCGCAAGUGCCUAUGGAAGAGCUGCAGCGUAUAGGCGGAUAUCGACACUGCCAAGAGCUUCGCAAGUUUCCUCCGCACGCACGUUGCUGCCCUCUACACCUACACCUUGCUCCCAACGCUUUCUCCGCAGCGAAUUCUUGCCUCAAGAUGUCCUCUUCCGCACAUCCUCCGCAUACGCCCGCCACUUCUCUUCUCGCCCCGCACUAUACGAGCAAGCGCAAAAGACAAAAGAUGUAAAGGACGAAGAGCCUCAGACCACCAAGUCUACAAACCCCGAUGGUAGCACGGCAGAGCAGGCUGCAGGCGACCAAGCAAAGAAAGAGGGCGAGGAAGCCAAAGAGAAGAAGGAAGGAGAGGAGGAAUCUGGUGAACAGAAAGAGGGUGAAGAGGGUCAGAAGAAAGAAAAAAAGGACGCGCCCCCACCUCCACCCCACGGUGACAAGACACCAUGGCAAGUCUUCACUGAGACUUUGAAGCAGGAGUUCCAGGCGUCGAAAGACUGGAAUGAGGGCACAAAGCAGUUGGGUGGUGCACUACAUGACUUCCAGCAAAAUCCAAAUGUUCAGAAAGCUGGACAGAUCUCUGAAGCUGCCAAGACAAAGACUACCGAGGCAUUGAAGGCGACAGCGUCAGCUGUUGGUCAUGGUGCGGCGUGGACAUGGGAUACUAUGCCGGUCAAGGGUGUUCGUGCUGCUGCGAGGGUUACUGGAAGUGGGCUCGAAUAUGCAACUCGACCAGUGCGACAGACCAAGGCUUUCCAGGCUGUGAAGGAGACCAUCGAUGACGGUAGCUCGUCAAGAUACGGUGGCUGGGUUGAAAAGGAAGAGCGCAGGAAGAGGCGUGAGUUGCGUGAACUCAACGAACUCCAGCGAACUGGCGGCAGGAGCCUGGGUCCCAUGGAGGAAGACCCAAAUGCUGGUACAAACGUCACUCUCCAUAAGGACGCCAAGUACAAGGAAGUCUGGAGAGAAUGGAAGGACAACUCCAAGCUCGCUCAAGGCGUCUUCAACAUGAAGACCGUCUACAGGGAGUCCGACAACGCCAUCAUCGAAACCGCCCGCAGUAUCACCGACCGCAUUACUGGCUUCUUCGCCGAGAACGAGACGGCCAUGGUCAUCAAGAGGUUCAGGGAAAUGGACCCCAACUUUCAAAUGGAACCCUUCCUGACCGAGAUGCGCGAGUACAUCCUCCCAGAAGUCCUGGACGCAUACGUCAAGGGCGAUGUUGCCGUUUUGAAAGAGUGGUUGUCCGCAGCACAGUACUCAGUAUACGCAGCGCUGAUGCAACAAUAUCAAGCUGCUGGUCUGAAGUCUGAUGGAAAGAUUGUCGACAUUCGCGGUGUCGAUGUUCUGAACGCGAAAUUGCUAGAGCCAGGAGAGAUUCCUGUCUUUAUCCUUACCUGCAGAACCCAAGAAGUGCACGUAUACCGCAACGCCAAGUCUGGAGAACUAGCAUCGGGCAUGGACGACAAGGUCCAGCAAGUUACAUACGCUAUUGGUGUCACAAGGAUACCAGAAGAUGUUAACAACCCCGAGACAAGAGGAUGGAGAUUGAUCGAGCUGCAGAAGACAGAAUCGCAGACUGCAGCACAUACAGCACCGCCGCCACUACCACCAUCACCACCACCCGCUUCAGAUACGCAGAAGGCUAAACGCCCCAUAUACAUCCGCCUCCCUAUCGCCCUCGCCCUCACACUCCUCACCUUCACAGGCGGCUUCAUCAUGGCCGGCGCCCCCGCAAUCGAGUCCCUCCAGGACCUCGCGAACCCACCCACCGAUGCCGAAACACUAGAGAUGUUCGUCCCUUCAACCGAACAAGUCGCCGAGAUAGAACGAAGCAUAUUCGAGCACCCGAUUACAAAGUCUCUGCUGGAAAACCCCAAAUACACCCCUUCGCGCCCCCACCUCAAGAUUCCAGAGGGUCUGCGAGCGCAAAACUUAACAGGCGGUACCCUACUCGGCCCCGAUAAGAUUGCUGUCCCACCACUGCAAUUCAGCACCGCGGAUGGAACUACCUUCGUUUCUCUUCAAUACCUUGGUGAAGCACUAUGUGGACACCCUGGAAUCGUUCACGGGGGUCUCCUGGCCACACUCCUCGACGAAGGACUAGCUCGAUGCUGUUUCCCCGCUCUACCGAACAAAGUGGGUGUUACAGCCAGUUUAAACAUUACGUACAAGGCUCCGUGUAUGGCGGGCCAGAUUGUGGUACUGAGGGCUGAGACGACAAAGGUUGAUGGAAGGAAGGCGUGGGUUAAGGGGCGGUUGGAGACGAUUGGAAGUGAGGGGAAGGAACCGAUUGUUUUAACGGAAGCAGAGGCAUUGUUUAUCGAGCCGAGGCAAGCAGCGCAGAUGAGGAGGGUUGUUAAUUAG